AUACAAUGUCUCCGAUGAAACCCUCCCUGUAAAAUCUCUUCCAUACUUCGUCCCUAGUCCCAUUCCCAAAAAAAAAUUUCCAUCUUCUCUGAAUAGCCCUAUCAUUCCCAAAACACCCCUCCCUCUCUAUUCCCAUCCUCUCCACUCUUCCCGUUGUUUUCUCCUCCAAUCUCCUCGACCUCUCCCAUUCCCCAAAAACCCUAACCCUAGAAUGGGUUUGAUUUCUCGGAGUUCUUGAUCAGUUUCUCCGGAAGGAGAGAUCCGAACCUGAGGCUUUUUCUGAGCAUGAUCUGAUUGGCGGCUUGAGGAAUUCGAAUUCGAUUGUUUUCUGAUAUCUUGGUUUUGUUUUUCUUCUUUGAUUUUUGUUUUUGUCGGCAAUGUCGGACGAUGUGCUCAUGCAACUGUCCUCGAAUUCCAAUCCUUCUGAUCGGUCUAAGCUGGCGAAGCUUGAGGCUCGGAUGGUCGGUAAGAGCUCCUCCUCCUCCUCGCCGGCAGUGCAGUCGACGUGGCAGAUGCCUUCUUCUGUGAAGUUUGGAACAGAGGAGCUGCCGGAUUCAUUGUCGUCCAGUGAUUCAGAGGAUGAUAAUGGCAGAGAGUUUUUGAUACAAGCCAACACUCAAAAACGGAAAAGAGUGGUUGAGGAUGACCAUAUCAUGCCACUCCAGCUGUAUGAGGGAGCAGGAGAUGGAAGGAUAAAGGUCACAGAAAAUACAGAAAAAGGAUCAAGCUUGGAUGAUUCACAGAGAAAGAAACAAGUUCGUGGCAGGGGUCGCCAAGCAACAGGCAGGGGGCGUGGGUCAAAGUCCACUGAUCAGACGUGGCCUUCAGCAUCUCCAUCAACUGUUGUAUCUUCGAAUGGUCAUCUUGAGAACUCAUCAGUACACAAGGAAAAUUGGUCGAAAGAACAACUUGAGAAUGAGGAAAAGACAGCUUUGAAGGAAGAAAUAUCCUUGUUACAUGGCAAGGUUGCAUUGUUGGAGGAGGAACUGAGGAAAUUACGCCAAGGGGCAGUCGACCAUCAGCAGCUUUGCCACCAGUUAGAAAAGGAAUUGAGAGAUUUCAAGGAUCGGGACCAACAGAUGAAGGCAAAGAGAAUAAAAAUUUUGUCAGAUCUACUAAUAUCUGUUUCAAAAUCUGAGAGACAAGAAGCAAGGAUGAAAAUGCGACAAGAGUCCUUGAGACUUGGCAAUGUUGGCGUCAUCAGAGCUGGAACAGUCAUAUCAGAGACGUGGGAAGACGGCCAAGCAUUGAAGGAUAUUCACACACAUCUGAAAUCCUUGUUAGAGUCUAAAGAGGCUAUUGAGAAACAUCGAAAAUCGCUUAAGAAAAGACAGUCUGAUAAGGGUGACGGAAGUGAUGCUGAAACUGGAAUGUCAGAAGAAGAUUUCCUUAUACAAGAUGAGAUUUACAAGUCUCGCUUGACAAGCAUCAAGCGGGAGGAAGAGAGUGCUUUACGGGAGAGGGAUCGUUAUGAACUAGAAAAAGCAAGGCAUAUACGUGAGAUGAAGCGUAUAAGGGAUGAGGAUGCAUCUCGCUUCAACAAUUUUCAGAUUCUCAAUCAUCGUUAUGCGCUUUUAAACCUUCUUGGGAAGGGGGGAUUUAGUGAAGUUUAUAAGGCAUUUGAUUUGGUGGAGUUCAGAUAUGUUGCAUGCAAGCUUCACAGUUUGAAUGCUCAAUGGAGUGAAGAGAAGAAGCAAAGUUAUAUGCGUCAUGCAAUUCGUGAAUACAACAUUCACAAGACUCUGGUGCAUCCUCACAUAGUACGGCUCUGGGAUUACUUUGAGAUUGAUCACAACACAUUCUGUACCGUGUUAGAAUAUUGCAGUGGGAAAGAUCUUGAUGCAGUUCUUAAAGCUGUACCUGUUCUCCCAGAAAAGGAAGCUAGAAUUAUAAUUGUUCAGAUAUUUCAGGGUCUAUAUUUGAAUAAAAGAACUCCAAAGAUCAUUCAUUAUGACUUAAAGCCUGGUAAUGUGCUCUUUGAUGAGGUAGGUGUUGCAAUGACAGAUUUUGGUCUUAGCAAGAUAGUGGAAGAUGAUGUUGGAUCUCAGGGCAUGGAACUUACAUCACAGGGAGCUGGAACAUACUGGUAUUUGCCCCCAGAAUGCUUCGAUCUCAACAAGACUCCAUUCAUAUCGUCAAAGUUGGAUGUUUGGUCUGCUGGCGUAAUGCUAUACCAAAUGCUCUUUGGUAAGCGCCCCUUUGGACAUGAUCAAACCCAAGAGAGAAUUCUUCGUGAGGACACUAUAAUUAAUGCCCGGAAGGUGGAAUUCCCAUCAAGACCAUCCGUCUCAAAUGAGGCAAAGGAACUCAUUCGUCGAUGUUUAACAUACAACCAAGGUGAAAGACCAGAUGUUCUAACUAUUGCUCAGGAUCCUUACCUCUCAUAUUCCAAGAGAUAACAGACAGGAGGUACAGAAUAGGCAGAAAUAUAUAUAUAUAUAUAUAUAUAUAUAUAUAUAUUGAAAUAUUGGUUUAGAAGGUUAUACCAAAAAUCAAAUCAUGUAAAUUUUGUAAAGCAAACUUUUGCCCUUUUCUUAAGCUAAAUAGAUAUUAAAUAUUUCCUUUAGAGUGGUUGUAGCUAAUCAGGGCAUAUUUCUGUUUGUUCAUGAUUCUAGAGUUGCAAUUUUUGAAAAAGAAAACAACCUCAGGCAAUCUUAUUCGGAUGUUCGCAGGGGAUGUUGUACUAAUCUAAUUUCAGAAAGCUCAUUGAGCAGGCUUCCUUUGUUUUUUCUC